UUAUCUUAGAUUUGUAUCUAUGUAGUGGAGGGAGGGGGUUAGAAAGAAAAUAACUGUUGAAGAGCUCUGCGGUCGAAGUAAACGCACAAAAAACAUACAGUAUUCUAGUCACUCCAAGAACAGACAGCGGACCAGGAACAUUAACGGGCACAUAAUGUGAGCAGUGGGCGCCAAAAUGCAAAACUUGGAAAAUAAAACGGACAACUAUACAGUGACAUACGAAUAUUACUUUGAUUAUGUCGAUCCAGUCUCGUUUGAUGAAAGCCAACUGAAGGCCAACAAAUAUUCCAUUGUGAUCGCAGUCUGGGUUGGCCUUGCUGCUUUUUCUUUGUUCCUUUUCCUCUGUUUGCUCUACAUAUCCAGGACAGACCUCCCCCGCUCUAAAUAUACAUCAAGAAAGAAGAAUCUGCAAAGUACAAAUGAGCACCUGGAAGACGCAGAAGAAAAAGCUGCACAAUUAAUGUCUAACCAGUAAAAACACCCAUUAUUUGUCAAAAAAUAAAACCUGCUUCUAAAGCCUCAUACACAUGAUCUGAUUGUUGGCGAA